AGGGAGAUGACUGUCAUGAUCCCGGUAUGUAGGCAGUUUAACCAAAACUGUUGGAAAUAGCAACCUUCUUCAAGUCUCCACUAGUUAUUUGUUAUGUAUAUAAUACGGAUUGCUUACUGUAUUGUAUAUGUAUAUGUUGGUUUCCAGUUUUUCCUUGGCUCUAUGGUGUGGGAAGGGCUGCAGACCAUGUGAUCAGAACUGGGCUUGUUCAGGACUCAUACUCCAUUUUAGAGACAGUAUGCCUUCAGACUUCAGUAGGAACUGUAUGCUUUAGAUUCCAUUGGACUUCUAGACUAGCCAGAGACUCUAUUAGACUCUCAGAAGAGAGAGAUGCUUUGGACUAUAGACUAUCGAUUCUAAGAAAGAUGCCCUGUGUUAUCUACACAGAGAAGCUACUUCAAAUCCUAUUUCUAACUGGAUUGAUAAGCAAAGUACCUGCAUGCUGAAUACAUGAAGUCUAUUUAAUUGAGAGUUCUUGGUGCAGACUGCAAAUGGAGACUAUUGACAAUGGUACAAGUGAUCAGCUCACAGAUGGGGAUGUGGACAAGGAAGCUCUGUCUGAGAUUUCUGAAGACGUUUUCUAUGGGCUGAAUCCAGAGGAGAAGGAAUGUCUAGAGUACUUUCUGCAAACAAUCAACACCUUUGAUGGGGAUAUCUUAAACAACAAUGAUGAAGAAAGUCAUGAAGAAAUGUCAGAAUCUCUAGGUUCUGAGGACCAAGCCGAACAUGCAGUUGAUUCCAGGAUACAAGAAAGUAUGCCUCUAGAGGCAGCCCCAGCAAAAUCUGUUUCUCCUCACCCAGCUGUCUUUGCAACUAAAAUGAUCAAGUCCUCUUCAGAGGAAUGUAGUGACAUAACCCUGAGGAUCAAGAGCAAUUGUCCUAAAAUCAUGGGACCUCACAGAUUAGCAGAUCCUCAUUCUGUAAACCUCAGAAAGUUUGACACGAUCAUGAGAUCAGGUGUCAAUGUCCAAGAGCUCCGUUCUCGUUUCUUACUUCAGCUUGGUGGCUCUACCACUGUGGACAGGGAAACAACAGAGUUACCUAAGGAUGGAGGUUUGCAGAAAUUGAACAACCUGCAGAGAAACAAAAGUGUCCCAACUGUUAAGAGCCCUGAAAUGUCCAUUGCUUGUCAGCAAACCCAGAUUUCACCUGCUGAAAGGAUGGAACAUGAAGUCACCGAAAGUACCACUAGCACAGCUGAAAAGCCUUUCUAACAAAUGCUACUCCAAAAGCAGGCACUUUCUCCCUAAAAGUUUAUUUUCAUUAUGAUACCCUCAUUUCCUUUUUGGGUUGUGUUUUUUGUUUUACAGAGUAUGCUUUUCAAUAUGUAAAUUACUCUGUGGGUCCUCCCAGCUGUAUAGCACAGUAUAAAUGCUUUAUCUAAUAAUAAAAGAGGCAUAUGUCUGGCUGGCUUUGUACAUCUUGGCUGUAAGACCAUGAAACAUAGCCCCCUUUUCUACAUUGCCAUAUAGUGCAGUUUCAAACUCAUAUAAUGCAGUUUAACUGCACUGAACUGCAUUAUAUGAGUCUAGACUGACCAUAACAUGCAGUUUUGAACUGCAUUAUAUGGCAGUGUAGAUGGGGCCAUAAAGCCUUGUAAAUCAGCAUGUAUACUAGACAAACCCUAGGCAUCUGUAUCAUGGGUUUGUUAAUUUUGGUUUGUUGAUGUCUCCAUAGUUUUCAGUAUCAUCUUCCACCUCUUAUAUUCAGCUGCUGUUUAAAGGGGAGAGCAGAACACAAACCUGCCUGGAACUCUAAAAAGAAAAAUCCAGUUUAAGUUGUCAAAGGUUUUUUCUACAUCUAAAAUACCCUUUUUCACCUAGAAACUCUGGAUGGGAGAAUGUGUUUCUGACUCAUGUGAAGCUUGUUCAAUAAACAAUGUGAAGCUUGUUCAGUAAACAAGGCAAUAAACAAUGUGUAGUACUAAGAAAAUAUUAAUUUCUCUUAUGUAAAAUAAAGGAAUUGCUUCUGGAUGCCAGAAA